CUUCUUUGUUAUGGUAGACUAUUCACAAAUAUUUCAAGCAACAUAUUCAGGUGUACCUGUUUAUGAAAUGAUAUGUAAAGGUGUUGCUGUCAUGCGUAGAAAGUCAGACUCGUAUCUGAAUGCGACUCAGAUUCUUAAAGUGGCUGAUUUUGAUAAACCUCAACGGACACGUAUUUUGGAAAGAGAAGUCCAGAUUGGUCAACAUGAGAAAGUACAGGGUGGUUAUGGCAAAUACCAAGGCACUUGGGUUCCUUAUGAACGAGGAAAAGCACUGGCUGAACUCUAUGGUGUAGAUAAAGUAUUAGCGCCCAUCUUGGAAUUUGUCAAGGGCGAUCAAAGUCCUCCAUUGGCACCUAAACAUGCCACAGCAGCCACAGCAAAACCACGUAAACCACGAGAGACGCGUGUCAGGAAGCGCGUGAAGCCUUUAGAAGAUGAAUUUACAUCGGAUAUCGAGACCCAUGCAUCGACAGAUGAUGUGCCUGCCAAACGUCCUCGUACACGACCUUCUGGUCUAAGAGAGAAACCACCCAAAUCAAGAAAAUCAGAAUUAUUAUCUGAAGAUGAACAUGUCUCUGAAAAGCUAUUCGCACAAGAGGAACAACAACAACAACAACAACAAGAAGAAGAAGACAACGACAUGGAAGAAGAGGAAGAGGAAGAAGAAGAAGAAAUGAGAAAAGAUCAUCUUGAACCAGAUUCUGAAAAGACAUUUGCUCAACGAUUAUUGAACUAUUUCAUGUCUGAAAAGACAAGCAUUCCAGCCUUAAUUGCUCGACCACCUAAAGACAUGGAUAUCAAUGUGAUUAUUGAUGAUGAAGGCCAUACCAGUCUUCAUUGGGCUGCUGCCAUGGCACGUAUUAAAGCAGUCAAACUCUUGAUUGAAAAUGGAGCUGAUAUCUAUCGUGUGAAUUACAAGGGACAGACAGCCUUAAUGCGGUCUGUGUUGUUUACGAAUAACUUUGACUUGAAGACGUUUGAUAGUCUGCUUGAUUUAUUGCGUACCACUAUUUUCAAUAUCGAUAAACGAGACCAGACUGUAUUUCAUCAUACGGCAGCCAUGUCAGACUGGAAAGGCAAGAUUUAUGCUUCAAGGUAUUAUAUGGAAUGUCUGAUCAACAAACUCAAGCAUAAUCAGUCUGAAUUGAUUUCAAUCCUAAAUGUUCAAGAUACCCAUGGUGAUACAGCCUUGACGAUUGCUGCCAAGAUUGGCAAUCGAAGGUUAAUCAAACUCUUGAUUGAUGCUGGUGCAAGUACAGAGAUUGUGAAUGAAGAAGGCAUGACUCCCCGAGAUUAUUAUACAGACAUGGAGAAAUCAGUCGUAACUCGCCCUACACCUCCUAUCCCAUCCUCCUCACCGAGUGAAGACACAGGCAGUAUGAUGAAUGAAUCAGACACACGCGAAGUAUUACGUGCGCGUGUGGAAGCCAUGUUUAAGAAUGUGACGCAUGAUACUCCCUCAAUCUCUAAAGUGUUUGAUGACUUUGCAGAGAGUUAUGAGCGCGAUUUAGUCAACAGAGAAAAGCAGUUGGAUAAGAAGCGUGUCGAACUUGAUUUACAUAUGAAACGACUUGAAGAAACACGGCGAGUGAUGGACACCAUUCAGUCUACAGAAGCACAGACAUUGAUUGAACAGAUAGAACAACACAAUACAGGCUUAGAACACAAGUAUCGACACUGGCUCAAGUUUCUUCAAAAGCAUCAAUUGAUGGCAUUCUAUCAGGACCAUUCUAUUCCCUCACCUUCUUGUUCUAUGCAAGAAUUAAAGCUCUUUUCAGACCAACUGGAGCAAUUAAAAGCAGCCAGGAAACAAAAGACAGAGCGAUUGAUUGAGUUACAGUGUCGUGUGCCACCCAAGAAAUACCAAGAAUAUAAACGAUUGAUUUCUACUUGUUGUAAUGUAGCUUAUGAAAACGUCGAUUUAAUGCUGGGGCCACUUUUAGCUUCAUUUGAACAAGAACAACAGACGAUGUCACCUAUUGAAUAAAUUUUUAUCUUUCUUUUUUCU